AUGUCUACAAAUUACAACGAAAUAAGAAAAAUAUUCAAUUAUUACAUUAGAGAGUAUUAUUAUCAAAAGUCGAAAGGGACAUACUUUGUUAAUAUUAAAAAGCCUGGAAUAUUAUUUACAUCCUUAAAAUUCUACAAAAAAAAAAAAACCUUCUUUCCUAACAUUUAUGAUUGGUACUUUGAUAGUUUAAGCGACUUAAAAAAAAAUAAAGAUAUUUUAAAUUAUCCAAAUGAUUAUGAUACAAAAAAUAUUUUUUCAUAUAAAAUAAGAAAAGGAACUCAAACGAGUGCAAAAAAUGAUGUAGAUAGCGGUAAUGUAUAUAUAAAUGGAAACGAGGAAUGUUUAGAAAAUACAUAUAAAACUAGUAAUUUAUAUUAUAAUAUGAAUCCGGUUUAUUUGUCUAAAAUAUGCUUGUACAACUUAAAUGAUUAUCACAUAUUAUAUUCAAAUAAUUAUUAUGAUUCUUUUAUGCAAUUCUAUUACAGCAUUAUAUCCUAUAAAAUGGAUAUAAAUAAUCUGAAAAUUUUCCCCAAUUUAAAAAUAUUAAUAAGUCAUAUUAAAAAUUUAAGUAGUAUAAUAAAUGAUGAACUAAUAAAAAAUUCCUUUUUCUAUUUCAUUAGACAAAAAAAAGUAUUUGAUGAGCAAUAUCUUCUCAAUAUAUUCAGCAGUUUGUACGCUGUUAUGUUGCACAAUUCUCCCUUUUAUUUGUUCCUCGAUGAUUUUAAUCAACUCAAAGUAGUUCUUAACCUUAUGGAUAGUGGGGGUGAAGUAAGAAACAUGUUUGAGAGCGUCAUUCCGUAUCCAUACUAUUUAGUACUAGACGACAACAUAAAUAUUUAUAAUCUGCAAAGUUUUAAUAUUUAUUUAAAAAAAAUUUUGGAUAAAAAAAUGGAAACCUCAUUUUAUGCUGACGAAAGCGGAUAUAUUUCAUCCUCCCCAGGAAUGUCCUCAUGUCAAAAUGUUCGAAUCUCAUAUAGGCAUUGUGAUGGUUUCAAAAAGGGUAACAGUCCUAAUGGAAACAGUUCUACGAAUGAUGGUGCAGGUAGAAACGUCCAUCGUAAUGACAAAUUAAAAUGGGAUGGAGAAGAAAAGUUACAAAGCGUUGAAAAUGAGAAAAAUAUAAAAAUUUACUUUUUUAAACUCAUAAAAAUUUUUGACAUGAAGCCGAAUCACCGUUUUGUCCAAAAAAGUGGAAAAAUGUAG